AUGGACGACGGCACAGGUCACCUCAUACAGCCGUUUUCCAUCAUUGGCAUGGGCGCCUACGGUACCGUCUUUAAGGCCUUUCGGACGCCGAGGACGUGCGGAGACAAGGAGGAGAUCCAGCAUAGCGACAAUGCUCAGGCUGUCGCGGUCAAGGAGACAGUCUUCACGGAGGUGGCAGAUGACAUCACAGUUGUGCUGAAGGAGGUAUCCUACCUCACCAAUCUGCAGCACCCCAACAUCGUCGCAUAUUUUACAGCAUUUACAAACCCUGGUGUAACGUCUGUCACACCGUCACUAGACUUGACGAAAACUCAAAGGGAUGAAGAAGAAACUGUGACUCUAAGCUUUUCCAAGGUUCCUUCCUUAUGUUUAGUAGAGGAGCUUGUCGAAGGGGCUUCUGUUGCGAAGGUGCUUAAGAUGACCGCGGAGGGUCAACUUUCAAAGGGGAUGUCGGAGGUUGAGAUUGCCGCCAUACUGUGCGACGUCCUGCAGGCACUUCUUUACAUUCAUGAGGGAUGCCGUUUGGUCCAUCGUGAUAUUAAACCAUUGAAUAUGCUUAUGGAUAGUAAAACCAACUCUGUGAAGUUGUGUGACUUUGGCACCUGUGCCGAUAUGAGCCAACAAACCGGGCGCUUCACGAUUAUUGGCACCAUUGGCUGGAUUGCGCCUGAGGUUCUUGACAGUGGGAUGAUGGACUGUCGCUCUGGCCACGUCACGUCACAUAGUUUUCCUUCAGAUGUGUGGUCUCUUGGCGUCUCCGCGCUUGAAAUGGCGUUGCCGACCAUUCGAAAGACAGCCUUGUCGGAGCACAUCAAAGAUUUUAGCGCCUCAGCGUGUUCUGCUCAGCCAACGGUAGAGACUUCUCGAAGGGGUUUCCUGCACGAGAAAAUCUCUUCAGAGCGUCUGCGUGAUUUCAUAGCAUGUUGCCUUCGGAAGGACCCACAAGUCCGAUCAACGGUUCGCCAGUUAUUAUUGCACCCGCUCAUUGUGGCAAACGAAGUGGCAGACGCGCAAAAACGACAAAAGCAAAUAUCAGCCAUUCUUUCCGCGGUAAGUGCGGCCAACAUGUCGAACCCUGCUUCAAAUGAAAAAAUGGUUGAUGACGCCAUUCUUCUGCCACAAUACGCAUCCUCCCUGCACUCGAAGAAUCGAUUCAUGGAAGCUAUAGCGGCGAUUAAGAGGGAAUUUUUUGCCGCCCAUACACCUUUGCCAGAGAAGUCUCGCGCCUCACACUACACUUGGUGCUUGCCAGAGCAUCUUGCACGCAUGUCAUCGUCUGACGAAUACCGUUACAUGCCAACUCCCUCAAGACGGCAGGGGCUUGGUCAAGUGCCCUCCGCUUGCAAUGCGCAGGCAAAUUUGCGAAGUACAGCACCUAUCAAACCAGUUUUUGAUUCCGUCAUUCUACCUGCUACAGUGGAGACUCAACGUAUGACACUAAGUAUCCUACGAAAGUACCGCAAGCUCGCCGGGGCGAGCACAUCGGAAGGAUGGGGGGAUAUUGAUCGGCGGAAUGUUGCAUGCUACUCACUGGAUGAUUUAGCCUGUCAGCACCUAAAGCAUGAGCGUUUUAUUCAGUUGCAUGAUGACCUGCUACGUACGUUCAAAGCAGCCUGUACGGCUAUUCCUGACUUUACAGAGAGUUUCCUUUCUGCGUUUAUGCAGUCUUUAAUGGUUUCAGACGAUGAUGCGCAGGAUCUGCGGCAGUUUAUUGCCUACGUUUUACAAUUGCAAAAGGAAGAUCUUAUGCACACUCAUCGUACCCAAUUAGAGACAUCGGACUUCAGGUCAGCGACGUCUAAAAGCCCCGCAGACGGUUUUUCCCGCAAAUCGCAACCAAUGACCUUUGUGUCAGCUGAAGAUUUUCUGCGCUUUCCGCGGAUGCCUCAGGCAGCAGGGUUUGUGAAUGCGAGUGAUUGCGGUGGUGAUGCCACCACUGAUACAAUACGGCAACAAGCCCCCCAUGUAAACCCGUCGGCCUACUUGUUUAACACCUGGCUGAAACGAAAGCAGGCUGAUGUAAUGGAUCCCUUGUGA